UUUGAAUGAAUUGUUAUCCGACACUUUGAACGCAAAAGGCGAGCUUCAGGUUGGGUGUCUGUCUGUGUGGCUCUCCCACGCGUGUGCGGGAGUAGUUCCUCCUCCAGGGCGGAAUGUGGAGGUCAAAUAAAAGCGCUCCGCACGUCUGAGCUCUCCGCAGAGGUGCGCGCGAGAGCAGGAGGGGCAGGACGCACAGGGAGAGAAACGCACAGAGAGGGAACUUGGAGACUUGAAGAGGAUUACCUCAGCCACUGGACUGCUGCGUCUUCUCGAGCCUCCAUUGCUAAGAAAGGAAGGUUUAACCAUCGGUAUACUUGUGUUUCAUCUCAUCUGUAAAAAUGACCGGUGGCCCGUUGGGCACGGCGUUGGCAGUGGCUUUGCUCGCCUGCACUGUGCAGUGUAUGCCGAAAGGAACGGGGAAACAUAGGAGACAAGCUCAGGAACACUCGGUGUCAUCCGUGUCCCAAGAUGGAUGUGUUGAGGGAGGUCAGCUUUAUGGAGUUGGAGAGCAGUGGGAGCGCAGUUAUCUGGGCAGCACACUGCUCUGCACUUGUCAUGGAGUUUCUGGUAUAAAGUGUAAAUCAAAGCCUGAUGCUGAGGAAACCUGCUAUGAUAAAGUAAAUGCUCGCUCCUAUCGGGUUGGAGAGACUUAUGAGAGGCCCAAGGAUGGGAUGAUCUGGGACUGCACUUGCAUUGGCUCUGGCCGAGGGAAAAUCAGCUGCACCAUUGGGAACCGCUGUCAUGAGGGAGGGCACUCCUACAAGAUUGGAGACACAUGGAAGAGACCCCAUGACACUGGAGACUACAUGCUGGAGUGCGUCUGUUUGGGAAAUGGGAAAGGAGAGUGGACCUGCAAACCUGUUGCCGAGCGCUGUUAUGACAAUGCAGCCGGCAUAUCCUACAUGGUUGGUGAGACCUGGGAGAAACCCUACCAAGACUGGAUGAUCGUGGACUGCACCUGCCUAGGAGAAGGAAGUGGACGUAUUACAUGCACAUCCAGAAAUCGCUGUAACGACCAGGACACACGCACUUCUUACCGGAUUGGAGACACGUGGAGCAAGACGGAUUCUCGCGGGCACGUGCUACAGUGUUUGUGUACUGGAAAUGGACGUGGAGAGUGGAAAUGCGAGAGACAUGCGUCACUGCACACCACUAGCCUGGGUACUGGGUCUCGUGUGGUGACCAAUGUCCAGCCUGCAGUGAUUCAGCCACAGACGGUGCCUGAACACCCCACGGAGGGAUCCUGUCUGACAGACGCAGGUGUUUCCUACACCCUGGGCAUGCGCUGGAUCAAGACCCAGGGCAACAAACAGAUGUUAUGUACCUGCUUGGGGAACGGUGUCAGCUGUGAAGAGUCAGAGAGCCAGUCCCAGGUUUAUGGUGGGAGCUCAGGUGGCCAGCCGUGUGUGUUUCCUUUUAUGUUCAUGGGGAAGACAUUCUACUCCUGCACGUCUGAGGGACGCAGUGAUGGGCAGCUCUGGUGCAGCACCUCAUCCGAUUUUGAGAAGGACUACAAGUACUCCUUCUGUACCAGCAACAAUGUUAUUGUCACAACCAGAGGGGGAAACUCCAAUGGUGCACUCUGUCACUUCCCAUUCCUUUACAAUGGCCGUAACUACACUGACUGCACCGCUGAAGGCAGGAGAGAUGGCAUGAAAUGGUGCGGCACAACUUAUAACUAUGACCGAGAGCAGCGGUUUGGCUUCUGUCCCAUGGCAGCCCAUGAGGAGGUGUGUACCACUGUUGAGGGUGUGAUGUAUCGUGUGGGAGAUCAAUGGGACAGACGCCAUGAUGUUCUGGGUCACAUGAUGCGCUGUACAUGUGUGGGCAAUGGCCGUGGAGAAUGGAGCUGCAUCGCUUACUCACAACUCCAAGACCAGUGCAUUGUGGAUAAUUUGACCUAUGAAGUAAAUCAGACUUUUACUAAACAACAUGACGAAGGCUACAUGAUGAACUGCACCUGUUUCGGUCAAGGCCGUGGACGCUGGAAGUGUGACGCUAUCGAUCAGUGCCAGGAGCCAGAGACUAGAGUGUUUUAUCAGAUUGGAGAGUCCUGGGACAAAUUCAUUCAGGGAAUCCACUACAGAUGUUACUGCUAUGGAAAUGGCAUCGGAGAGUUGAGCUGCGAGCCUCAGCAGUCUUUCUCUAGUGGUCAUCGUCCAGUCCAGGUGAUUAUAUCAGAAUCUGGCAACCAGCCUAACUCCCACCCCAUCCAAUGGAACGCGCCGGCUUCUGCACACAUCACACAGUACAUACUCAGGUGGAGACCGAAAAAUACCCAUACCCAGUGGAUGGAGGUAACUAUUCCAGGCCAUCUGAACUCUUACACCAUUGCUGGACUAAAGCCAGGAGUCACCUACGAGGGUCACCUCAUCAGCAUCUUGCGUUUUGGACGUAGAGAAACCACUCGCUUUGAUUUCUCCACUGUGCAUGGCUCAUUGGCAACCUCUGAGGGAGAGACCACCCCGCCUCCUCCGAUGGUGGACACCUCUGAGUCUGUGACUGAGAUCACUUCCAGCAGUUUCGUCAUCUCUUGGGUGUCUGCGUCCGACACGGUGUCUGGAUUCAGGGUGGAAUAUGAGCUGAGUGAGGAGGGAGGGCAGACUGGACAGCCCAUGGUCUUGGACCUUCCUCAUACGGCCACAUCCGUGAACAUCAGUGAACUUCUCCCAGGAAGGAAGUACACUGUAAAUGUGUAUGAAGUGACAGGAGAAGGAGAACCUUACCUGAUCCUUACUACUUCCCAGACCACAGCUCCGGAUGCUCCUUCUGAUCAUGAAGUGAAGGAGGUGGGGGAGACCUCCAUCCUCAUCAGCUGGUCUAAACCUGUGGCUCCCAUCACAGGUUACCGUGUGGUUUACACACCAUCUGAAGAGGGAAGUUCUGGAAGCACUGAGCUGAACCUGCCUAGCACAUCCACAUCACUGACCCUGGGUAACCUUCGCCCUGGACUGCUCUAUAACAUCAGCAUCUACUCAGUGGAAGAGAAUCUGGAGAGUGAACCUAUUUUUGUCCAGGUCACCACUGCUGGAGAACCACUGGCAGAGGAAGUCCCCUCUCCAACCGAUCUGCAGUUCUUUGAAGUGUCUGACUCUAAGAUCACAAUCACUUGGACCGGACCAUCCACAGUGGUGUCAGGGUAUCGUGUGUCUGUGGGCGAGGUGGGUCCAGACGGGUUGGUCGAGAGAGAACUCCCGUUCCCAGUGACACAGAACGCUUACGCUGAGAUCACACACCUCCAGCCUGGAACCCUCUACCGGUUCUUCAUCUUUGCUCUCAAAUCAGGAGAAGAGAGUGAGCCGCUGGUUGGAGAGCAAGCUACAAAGCCCGACCCACCCACCGAUAUUCAUUUCACUAAUGUUACUGAAGACAGUGCUGUAAUCAUCUGGUCAGCUCCUAGAGCUCAAAUCACAGGUUACAGACUGUUCCUGACUGUCGAGGGCUCAAACCCCAAACAGCUGCGUAUUCCUGCCCGCCUCUCGCAGUACACACUCCUCAACUUGCAGCCUGAUACUGAAUACACUGCCACUUUGCAUGCAGAAAGAGGCAAUGUGCUUAGUGAGGGAUCCCUCGCCACCUUCACUACAAUUCAGCCCAUGAGAAAUGCUCCUUUCUUCAGCACGGAUGUCACAGACACCUCCAUCAUUGUCUCCUGGACCCCUGCGCCUAAAAUUGGAUACAAGUUGACCGUGAGGCCCAGCCAAGGUGGAGAAGCUCCGAGGGACAUGAUCUCAGAGUCUGGUAGUGUCCUCAUCUCAGGUCUAACUCCUGGAGUUGAGUACACCUACAGCGUCCAGCCGGUCUUUGACGGUCAUGAGCAUGGCAACCCCAUCACUCGACGCGUGGUCACUCCUCUUUCUCCUCCCACGGAUCUGAACCUGAAGUCCAACCCGAACACUGGAGAGCUGACCGUUCAGUGGAGCGAUGCUAAGAUCCCAGACAUCACUGGUUACAGAGUGACCUGCACUCCCACCAAAAGGCAACAAGAGAACUCAAUAGAGGAGUUUGUGAAGGCAGGACAGAACUCAUGCACGCUAGAGAAUCUGAGUCCAGGAGUGGAGUACAAUGUCAGCGUGUUUACUGUGAAGGAUGACAUGGAGAGUGUUCCUGUCUCCACAACUGUGACUCCGGAUGUGCCCAAAAUAACUGACCUUAGCUUCAUCAACAUCACUGACUCCACUAUCGGCCUCAGCUGGAGUCCUCUUAACUCCACCACCGUUACCGGCUACCGUAUUACGGUGUUGGCUGCUGGGGAGAGUGUCCCGAUCUUUGUUGAAUUUGUGGAGCCCACGACAGGCUUUUAUACUGUGCACGGUCUGGAGCCUGGUAUUGAUUAUGACAUAACCGUCACCACAGUCACAGAAAACGGAGAGAGUGAACCCAUUAUCAUCACCCAGCAAACAGGAAUUUGACUCCCAUCUGGCCUGUCAUUUGGAGAAGUGACCGCAGACACUAUGCUGGUGACCUGGAAAACCCCUCAGGUGCCCAAAUCCUCUGAUAUCAACCACUACAUCAUCCGCUAUCAUCCAGUCGAUGACGACGAUGACACCACUGAGCACACUGUGGAUGGAAACACAAACUAUGUCGUUCUUCGCCAUCUUGUGCCAAACACUGAGUACAUGGUGAGUGUGAUUUGUGUCUAUGAAGAGAGAGAGAGCUCACCUGCCAUUGGCACUCAGAGAACAAUCCUCGAUGCACCUGUCGGCCUGCAGUUCUCUGAUGUUGGCACCAACUCCUUCACCGUACGCUGGCAGGCUCCUCAGGCCGUUAUCUCAGGAUACCGUAUCCGCUACCAAAUGACCAGUGGUGGACGUGCUAAAGAGGAGAGACUGCCCCCAUCGAGGAGCCAUUUCACCCUCACAGGCCUGACCCCGGAGACCGAAUACAGCAUUAGCGUCUACGCCGUCAGCGGAUCCCGCGAGAGUCUGCCUCUAACUGGAACUCAGUCUACCAUCUCUGAUGCUCCCACUGACCUGGAAGUUAUCUCCUCAACGCCAACCAGCAUUACCGUUCGCUGGGACGCCCCCUCUGUCACUGUGAGGUACUACAGGAUCACACAUGGAGAGUCGGGAGGUUUUGACGCCCCUCAGGAAUUUACUGUCCCCGGCUCCCAGUCUACUGCUACUAUUGAUGGCCUCCGUCCAGGCACCGAUUACACAAUCACUGUUUAUGCUGUGACCGGCAGAGGGGACAGCCCUGCGUCCAGCACCCCCAUCCAUGUUAUACACAGAACAGAUAUUGAGUCUCCAUCAAAGAUGGAGGUGACUGACGUGAAGGACAACACUAUUACUGUACGCUGGAGCCCAGCAGUGGGGCCCAUCUCAGGAUAUCGUGUCACAGGAACUCCACUUAAUGGACAGGGUCCUACUUUCUCUGAAGUGGUUGCUCCAGACCAGACUGAAAUGACAUUCUCUGGCCUGAUGCCGACAGCGGAGUACACUGUCAGUGUGUAUGCUUUGGGACAGGACGGAGAGAGCCCCCCUGUGGUUGAAACUGUAGUCACAAUGGUGGAUAAACCCAAAGAUCUGUCCUUCACUGACGUGGACUCAACGUCCAUGCGCAUCUCCUGGGAGGGUCCUGAUGGAGUGGUCUCCUCUUACAGAGUGUUGUACUACAGUCCAGAGGAGGGAGAGAGAGAGCUGUUCCCUGCCCCACGUGGAGAUGAUGAGUCUGCAGUGUUGCAUGGCCUCAGACCGGGCACAGAGUACACUGUUAAAGUCAUCGCACUGCAUGACCGGACCCCCAGCACUCCACUGGUGGGCACUCAGACAACAGCUAUUCCUGGGCCCACAAGUCUGCACUUCUCCCAAGUGGGUCCAACAUCCUUCACUGUCUCCUGGUCUUCUUCGGACGUCAGGCUGACAGGUUACCGUGUGGCCAUCACCCCCAAGAGCAAGAAUGGACCCACUAAAGAGGACAACAUCUCCCCUGACUCGACUGAGUUCCACGUCACUGGACUCAUGCCUGGCACUGAUUAUGAAGUGGAGGUUUAUGGUGUGAAGAACUCUCUCACCAGCCGUCGUGUCAAGGGAGAAAUCACUACACCCGACAACAUCAGUCCACCUCGACGUGUCCGUAUAUCAAAUGUGAAGGACUCCUCCAUCACUCUCACCUGGCGCUCUAAGACUGAGGCCAUCUCUGGCUUUCUGGUAGAAGCCACACCCACCACGGGCGGCCAUAACCCUAUCCAGAGAACCUUUGAACCUGAUUCACGCACCUACACCAUUACUGGUCUGGAGCCAGGAACCACUUAUAAGAUCAAUAUCUAUACUCUGAAUGGAAGCGCACGUAGUGAGCCUUUCAGCCUUACAGCUACUACAGCAAGACCAGUUAUCAGCCCACCCACAAACCUCCAUUUCACUUCUCUGACUCCUACUUCAAUCUCCUUUACCUGGGAGCCUCCACGAAGCACUAUCACAGGAUACUAUGUGACCUAUGAAGAGCCUGGAGACAAUCCUACAGAGCUGACCCCUCGACCUCAGGCUGGCAGGACCUUCGCUUCCAUCUCUGGUUUGAAACCAGGCACUGAAUAUGUUAUCAAGAUUGUGGCAUUAAAUAACGCUCAGAGAAGCAUUCCACUGAUUGGAAAGGCAAAAACUCAACUGGAAAGUCACCAGCUGCCCUCCCAGCUGCCUGACCCCAGCCGGCCCAGCCAUGACAUCCUGGAUGUGCCAGAGGACGACCACUUCAACAACCAUGUGCAUAUGCUGGGGCCAAACAGACAAAAAACACUGGGGCAGCAGGGCCAGCACAUCUACACUGAAUAUCAGAGCUUCAACCUGGGCAAUAACGGCCAGCAGCCUCAUGCCCCUAGCCACCGCGAGCCCUUGGUCUACAUCCCCCUGCCAGGAGCAGAUGGCCAGAGAGUGCCGGUGGUGCAGGUGAGCGAGGGACCUGAACCUGGCUUCCCCUUCAGUGGGCUUUUCAAUGAGACAAACCUGCCCCAGGAAGCUCAGACUCAGACCACAAUCAUGUGGCAGCCUGUGCCACACACCUCAGAGUAUGUGGUGUCAUGCAGUCCCAUUACAGAGAUCAAUGAGAAGACCUUCCAGAUGCGUCUGCCAGGCACGUCCACCAGCGCUACACUGAUAGGUCUCACCUCUGGUGCCUCCUAUCAUGUUCUUGUGGAGUCUGUCAAUGGAGACCAAAAACAGAAAGUCCUGGAAGAUGUUGUGACUGUCGAAAACAGUGUUCCAGGGGCUGGAGUGAUUCCCACAGGCAGGGAUGUGUGCUACGACACAUUCACCGCCACCUACCAUGAGGUGGGCGCAGAAUGGGAGCGCAUGUCCGAGACAGGCUUUAAACUCUGGUGCAAGUGCCUUGGCCUCGGCAGUGGGCAUUUCAGAUGUGAUUCAUCCAAGUGGUGCCAUGAUAAUGGGCACAACUACCGAAUUGGCGAGAAGUGGGACCGUCAUGCUGAGAACGGUCACAUGAUGAGCUGCACUUGUCUGGGCAACGGGAAAGGAGAGUUCAAGUGUGAACCCCAUGAAUCUACCUGUUAUGAUGAUGGGAAGCUGUACCAGGUGGGUAACCAGUGGCAGAAGGAGUAUCUCGGAGCAAUUUGCACAUGUACCUGCUAUGGAGGACAACAGGGCUGGCGCUGUGAGAACUGUCGUCGUCCUGGUGCUGAAGUUGACGUGGACCUCAUUCAGCCUCCAGUGCGCACUGAUGCUUACGACCGCUACAGAGAGAACGCCCUACGCAAACUGAACAUUCAAUGUCCAAUCGAAUGCCUGAGACCAGAGCUCUUGGCAGAUGCUCAGAGCCCACUAGAAUAAAUGUGUCUAUCAGUUUUGCCCAGUAAUGGAGAGGACAUGGCCCCCAGAGACUGUAUCUAGCUCCUUUAGUGCCUCUCUGUCCUUAUCUUCGCUCACACUGCAAACUCUGUCCUGCUGCUUCCACCUGUGACAUCACGCCCAGAGACUAAACUUCUCACUCUUUUGAUUGGUUGAGUCUGCAACCAGUCUUCCUCUGCGCAGUGGAUGGAAGGACACCAUCUAUCUACACCGAGAUUCCACUGAUUUGAAGCUUGGCUGUUGACAUCAUUUCCACAUCUUCUGGAAACUCAAAUCAGUGGAACAUCAGCAGAGAAUCAACACAUUUUGCCUUUGUGAUUAUUUUAAGUAUUAUUGCAUAUUGUCUGAUUGUGUUUUUUUAAUGAUUUUGUGACUUUUUGUGUAUUUUUGCCAGUGAUCAAAACAUUUAUUGGUGUUCUUUUCUAAAACAAGCACUGUCUUACAAUGAAAACCCUUGUGCCUUGUAGGCAUUUUUUUUUUGUAUGAUGUUAUAUUCACCCCUCCCUAAUCUGAUUGGUUGGUUGAUCUGUGGCCUUUGUGUUCAUCUGAAGACAAAGGAAAGCACUGUUAAUGAAGAAGUGAACUUUUUUUCUUUUAUUUAUCCCUUUUAUGUGUUUUGAUGGAAUGCAGAUUAUGGGUGUAUACUGUUUUAUGUUUGUGUUUUAGGUGCCAAAGUCUUAACUACUGUGGACAAAAAUACUUUUUAAUAAAACUUUUUUUUUUUUU